AUGCUGUCGCAAAGAAAAGGAAUCAAGAGCUAUAUCAAGCGGUGGGUCACUCAGCCGGUGCAGGGCGAGAUGAACAAGCGAAUGGUGAACUGCUGCUACGUCGACGCCAACAAGGCCGUUGGCGACGACACGUCUGAAAACGACACUGGCAGCACGUGCAAUCUCGUUUUGCAUGGGGUCACUACUACUGUUGGUGACGAGGGGGGCAAGAAGGGCGUGGACGAGAAGGAGGAUAAGAAAGGCCCGAAAAUGGAUCUUCGUUGUUCCCUUGCUGUCAGAGGCGGCAAGUGUGACCUGCCGUUCUUUGGCAGAGUUAUCGAAGAAGGCCCAGCUCAGCACAUGGCAAAGCAGACUAUUUUAUUCUUGGGUAGUGGUAACGAUUCGUCACCUUUGCCAUUGUACACUGAUGGUUCUUCUUUCGUGAAUUCGUUGAAGAGCGACUGCUGCAUCGCUUUCCUGGUGCCGAUAUUGCCAAUUAUCAACGACAAUGACAAGCCGAGGGACACUAUUGCCGAAGGCGAGGUGGCAUCGGCAACUGCGAUCGCACCGGCAACAGAAGAUGCGACAGCACCAGUCAAGUCGAACAAGAAGCCGAAGAAAUAA